CGCCCUGGCUCGCGCGAGCAUCGAGUGUGCAGCUUUAGCUGCCUGGCGGCGGGAGGAGGUGCUGUUUCGCCGAGAAGCUGGUGUCUGCCCCCGCGUGGUCAUGGAGGCGCCGCCGCCGCGGUUGCCAACCGCGACUACUUCAGUCCCCGGCUGGAGCCGAAAGCUGCUGCUGCUGCCGCUGCUGCUGUUCCUGUUGUCGGCCGGGGCUCUGCGGGCCUUUGAGGCAGAGAAGAGGCCCCAAACCCGUGAAGAGGCGUGUCACUUCUACGCAGGGGGACAAGUGUACCCGGGAGAGGCGUCCCGAGUUUCGGUAGCUGACCACUCCCUGCACCUCAGCAAAGCUAAGAUUUCCAAGCCAGCACCUUAUUGGGAAGGAACGGCUGUGAUAAAUGGAGAAUUUAAGGAGCUGAAGUUAACUGAUUAUCGUGGGAAGUACCUGGUGUUUUUCUUCUACCCACUUGAUUUCACUUUUGUGUGUCCAACUGAAAUUAUCGCCUUUGGUGACAGAAUUGAAGAAUUCAGAUCGAUAAACACGGAAGUGGUAGCAUGUUCCGUUGAUUCACAGUUUACCCAUUUGGCCUGGAUUAAUACUCCUCGAAGACAAGGAGGUCUUGGAUCAAUAAGGAUUCCACUUCUUUCAGAUCUGACCCAUCAGAUCUCAAAGGACUAUGGCGUAUAUCUAGAGGACUCAGGCCACACUCUUAGAGGUCUCUUCAUUAUCGAUGACAAAGGAAUCCUGAGACAGAUUACUCUGAAUGACCUUCCUGUGGGUAGAUCAGUGGAUGAGACACUUCGUUUGGUUCAAGCAUUCCAGUACACCGACAAACAUGGAGAAGUCUGCCCUGCUGGUUGGAAACCUGGUAGUGAAACAAUCAAACCUGAAGAUGCCAUGAAAGCCUGGUGGCCAAGAGAAGAGUUAUAAUCCCAGAUCCAGCAGGAAAACUGAAGUAUUUCGAUAAGCUGAACUGAAAAAUACUUCAGGUCAUGAUGCUUGAACAUCCUCAAUAAAGU